GUUGCAGCAAGUAUACUCCUCUGCUCCUCAGCUACUUUGCUCGUAAUUUCUUCGCUCAGUUUUAAGGCGCGUACUGUACCAUCGGAGCAGUCAAAGAAACAGUGCACACCAUGGGUCGAAAAGCACGGGCUGCAAAAUGCAAGCCACUCUCAUCGAACGUCGAAGGGCAGUGUAGGGAGGCAUCGCGCCAAACUUUGUGUGGCAUAUCCGUUUCCAAGGGAACUUGUGUCCUCCUCUCAGUGUUCGUAUUUUCGUUCGGAGCCCUCUUUUGCGCCUUCUUGAUGAAGCUCACCGACCGCUGGGAGCUUCAGGUGACCGCGUAUGGCAUUGCCACCGCCGCCACCAUCGCCAGCCUCUUCUUCAUUUCUUACGUACGCACCAGUGCGGAUGGUGUGGAUACGACGUCACCUCUCGAUUACCAUCGUACAGCAAGUUCACGUCAUAACCUACCGCUCAAGACUUCGUUCAAGAGUCGGCGACGUGAUGACGCCCGACCACCCGCACUCUGGGUGCCAGACUGGACGGAUGCUGGUCCAUUCUUGAGUAAUCCGAACCACGACCAAGACUGGUUCGUUCUGCCUCAUGACAAGGGUCAGCAACUCUACGUGGGGUCCUUCCCAUUACCAACGCCGGUGCACACGUCUCCUCCAGCGACCAGCGCCCUUACGACGUUCGAAAACGUGAUGGUUUGGCCAUCGCCACCACCAACACCGACAGGACUGGUCCAUUUGUGAUCUUCGUUGCGUGCCCAACCAGUCAGCAUGCGGUUUUAUUUGUCGCGUUAUCUGCUUCGAACGUAUUAUUUGCUUUUAAUUUUCUGUACGACGUAAUGUAACAUUCGGGUCAUAACUAUGUAUGCUAUUCCAAUGUAACGACUUAUACGGCGUGAAAACAGAUCCUGCACGUUCUUGGCAAGCACGAGUGUGUUGCUAAAAAUAUUUGUCGCAUAGGAUCCUAUGGACCCGUGUGACGUUGUUCAAUUUACCUUUGUACCUUCAGGGCUCCUGCCAACGUCAAUUUGAUGUUCUACGGCUUCGUCGUGUAUCAGACGAAAAGCUUGAAACCAAGCUGAGUACGUGAAAUGUGUGACAAUAAACG